AUGGAGGAGCAAAUGCCUGAAAAGAUGCCUCCCACUGUUGAGAAGUACGAUGAAUCGGGCGAUCCGGAGGAACAUUUAAGGUCUUUUGCGGAUGCAAUGGCAAUAUACUCGCCUAACGAACUGGUUUUGUGCAGGGUUUUUUCCCUCUCCAUCAAAGGAGAAGCCUUGGCAUGGUUCCAUUCUCUUCGUCCCAAAACCAUUGACAGUUUUGAGACGCUAAGAAACCUGUGCAGGAAGUGGGCAAGAAGUAUCAUGAGCACCUUGUCUACUGCCUUGAGACCUUUUUCUUUUACGGACAGCCUGUUCGCACGACCACUCAUGACAUUGGGAGAAAUGCAGGAAAGGGCGGCUAGAUUCAUCAUAAUUGAGGAGAUUCGAGCUAUUCAAAAAAGGCAACAUGAGAAAAAUGCUUCGUCCUCAGGCCAAGAGAAGAAAGAAGUCGUCACAAACGAGUGGAAGAAGGGUAAAAAGUUCAAGGAUGGCUCGAUAAGGCCCAGAUUUGAUCGGUACACCCCUCUGAAUGUGCCGAGGGCAAAAGUGUUGGAGGAAGCCUUGAGUGUGGAUCACCUUCCCCCGUUGAAGAAAAAACCAACGCCUAAAAAUGCGAACGGUACUAAACAUUGCCUUUAUCAUCAGAAUAUGGGACACACCACUGAAGAGUGCAUCACGCUCAAAGACAAGGUUGAAUAA